AUGUUGCACAACUCUAACUGCAGAUUAGCAACCGUUGUGUCUCUUCAAUUGAACAAUGGCUGCGUAGAAUCGAGUGAUUGGACGAGGUCAUUUUCCUGCCUGCCCUGCAUCAACCAGCAACGCGUCUUCUUCCCCACACCAAGUAACAUCCGUAGCGUCAAUCAAUCCUUUUUUCACUCAUUGUAUUACUUACAUAUUUUCUAUUUUGUCUCUCUCACUCUCCCUCAUUAUUUCUUUGACCUACUCUCUUCAUUAUACACGUUUCACUUUUGCUUCUGCAACUUUAUUUUCUUUCUUUUUCUGUCACUUUCUCUUUUAUCUUUUUUUCAAUCUCUUUAUUCGACAUUUCUUUCUUUCUCUCUCCUUGUUGUCUCGCUUUCCCUCAAUGUCGUAUACCACUUAUUCCUUUUCUUUUAUCUUAUUACUUCUCAUUCACUUUCCCUCUUUCGUCUCCAUUCUCUUUCUGCUACACUUUCUGUAUCUUUCUUCUCCUUCUCUCUGCCAUUUUUGAGUGCCAUUUCAGUAGAUCUACUCUUAAGCACCCUAUUCAUUGCCGCCCCGUAUACUGUUCAAUUAAAUCUCCGUCGCGACACUAAUUGGAGAGUCGCAAUCCCCGAGAAAAGACGAGACUAA